UUUUCUUUUCUUUUCAAAGGCCAAGCUCACUUUUUUUUUUCUCUUUGUUCUUCUUCAUAUCUUAUAUAUUGAUUAUGAAUGUACUUGGAGCUUCUGUUUCAGAAGCCAUUACAGAUCCUGUUCACGAAACGAGGGAUAUUCUUUUACCUAACCAAACGGAACAUGUAGCCCAAAUAGCUGUAGAUAUUGGUGGGUCUUUAGCAAAGAUUGUCUAUUUUACAGCGUUUAAAGGAAGAACAGGAGGUCGACUUCAUUUCAAAAAGUUUGAAACGGAAAAAAUAGACGAAUGUAUCGAGUUUAUAGCGGAAUUGGUCAAGGAUGCUCAAGAAGGAUACGAACAUAGACGUCCCAUGGUGUUAAAAGCAACAGGUGGUGGUGCUCAUUUAUAUUAUGACAAAUUGAAGAGCAAGUUACCAGGUGUACACGUACAAAAGGAAGAUGAAAUGGAAUGUUUGAUCACAGGUUUGAAUUUUUUUAUCACUGAAAUCCCCUAUGAAGCUUUUACCUAUGAUGAACAAGAAUCGGAUCCAAUGCAAUUUGAAACGAAUCCAUCACCUCACGUUUACCCAUAUAUACUUGUUAAUAUUGGAUCAGGUGUAAGUGUACUCAAGGUAACCGGUCCUGAUGAAUUCUCUCGUAUAAGUGGUACUUCGUUAGGUGGUGGUACUUUAUGGGGUCUCAUGUCAUUAUUGACAAAAGCAGAAACAUUUGAUGAAAUGCUGGAAAUGUCGGUGACAGGGGAUAAUCGACAUGUGGAUUUAUUGGUGGGAGACAUUUAUGGUUCAGAUUAUACGAAAUUAGGAUUAAAGGCUUCCAGAAUUGCAUCUAGUUUUGGCAAAGUGUUUAAAAAAGGAAAACAACCUACAGAUCGACAAUUUAAUUCACCAGAUAUUGCCAAAAGUUUGUUAUACAUGGUCAGUAACAAUAUUGGUCAAAUAGCUUAUUUGAAUGCACGACAACAUGAUAUCAAAAGGAUUUAUUUUGGUGGUUGUUUCAUUCGAGGUCAUCCCAUCACCAUGAAUACUCUCUCUUAUGCCAUCAAGUUUUGGUCCAAUGGGACCAUGAAAGCCUUGUUUUUACGUCAUGAAGGUCAUUUGGGUGCCACCGGUGCAUUUCUCAAAUAUAGUCCUAUUCGUAAAGCAAGACAUUCUUUCUCCUUUUCUGAAAACUUUACACCAGAUACUUCAAGUCAUAAUCCAAGUCGUGUCUAUGGGGAUAUUGAAGACACCAACGUAGAAUUAUUAUCUCAACAACAAAUAGAAGAUGAUAUGAUUGCCGAUGCUGAAAAUUGAUUUGAUUCCCAACAUAACUGUAGAAUAAUGUAGAAUAGUUGUAUUAAUUUUUUUUUUAUUAUAAUGGAAUAAAAAACG